GACAAGCAACGCGCUAUGUGUCGCUCGUCACCCGCCGCCAUAGCCGCCGUGGGUGAUGGCUUGAGAAUGGCGUACGCCGAGUGUCGGUCGCAGCUCGGAGGCUACAGGUGGAACUGUUCUGGGAUUGGAGAUGGAAACGACUUUGGACAUGUCAUGCCAUUGGCAACUCGUGAGGCAGCAUUUACGUACGCGAUAACGUCGGCGGGGGUCACACACGCGUUAAGUACGGCGUGUGCGCGCGGCGACCUGCCGGCGUGCGGCUGCUCUUCUAAUAGGCGCCGGACCCCAAGCCCUUCAGAACAGUUCCAGUGGGGUGGAUGUGGGGAGGCGGCGUAUGGGGCAAGGUUCGCUCGGCGGUUCCUCGACUCGAGGGAAAUGGAAGCGGACGCCAGGAGCCUCAUGAACCUUCACAACAACAGAGUCGGGAGGAAGAUGGUAAAAGAUUUGGUGCGACGCGAAUGCAAAUGUCACGGAGUAUCAGGUUCAUGCGCUAUUCGUACAUGUUGGCGAGCUCUGCCACCCUUCCGCGCAGUGGGCGCAGCUCUAAGGGACAAGUACCACCGAGCGAGGCUAGUGGUGCCGCACCCACCACCCUCCACGCACGCGCCGCAGACACAUCUUGUUAUACGACGGACAAGACAAAACGCCGGCGUAGGCAGACAGCCCCGUAAGUCCGAGUUGGUGUACCUGGAGCCUUCCCCGUCCUACUGCGAGCCGGACGGCGUCACCGGCUCGCUGGGGACACACGGCAGGCAUUGUAACCGAACUUCGAGAGGCGAAGACGGCUGUGAAACGCUCUGUUGCGGUCGUGGAUACAACACAAUAAGAACAGAAGAAGAAACGAAGUGCAAUUGUCGGUUCCACUGGUGUUGUCGCGUCUCUUGUGACAAGUGUAUCACUCGCAGCGAAGCUCAUAUUUGUAACUGAACGACAUCUAGCGGACACUGACGACGUCUCUGCACACUUGAGACAUCUAGCGGACAGUAGCGACAAGCUUGUAAAAUGUUUAGAAACAGAAUGAACGACGACGAUGACGACAGAAUAAUACCUAAUAUGUAACAGUUGAAAUAUAAUCUCUAAAUUAUAUAACAAACUGUAAUAAAAAAAAACGAGUAUGCUUUAGACCACACGA